CAGAAGAAGAUCGACCGGAAGUGAUGCAAUGAGCGCGCGGAGAGCGAUCGGAUGAGGAUCAAAGGGGAUGAAACGAACUUCUAGGUGAUUUUCUGCAACAUCUGAGAGAGAAAGCAGCUGCAGCGUCACUUCCUGCCUCAGCCUCAUGGCGGCGCCCCUCCCCCAGCAGCAGCAGCCCCCCCCCGGGCCGCUCCGGGAGAUCUCCCCGGUCUUCCUCUGCAGGAUCGGACAGGAGACCGUGCAGGACAUCGUCACGCGCACCAUGGAGAUCUUCCAGAUCACGCGCGCCACGCAGCUUCCUAACGGAGUGACGCAGAGCCACGUCAUGUACCAGGACCGCUUCGGGAAGCUGCAGGAACAUCUGCGGCAGCUGGCGCUGCUCUUCCGGAAGCUGCGGCUGCUCUAUGAGCGCUGCGUGGAGAUGACCUCUGACCUGCAGGAGGCGCCCAUGGAGCUGGUCCCCUACGCCGGAGAGGAGCCCGCUUCCAUCCGAGCAGAACCCUGCAGCCCGGCCGUCAUCCAGGAGCGGCAGGAGGUUCUGGAGGUCCGUCAGAAGAACCAGGAGAUGAAGGUUCUGAUGGACCAGAUGAGGAACCUGCUGUGGGACGUCAACGCCAUGCUGACGCUGAAGAAGUGACACUGAUGAUGAUGAAGACCAGAACCCUCCUCUUCCUCUGCUGACUGAUGCUGUGGGGGGCGGGGUCUCUGUUCUCUGAUGUUUUUGGUAACUGACAUGUUUUUGUAUGAAAUAAAGUUUUUUAGUAA